AUGCAGCAUAAACCCACCCAGCAGUGGGCCCUGCUGCUGUACGGGGAGCAUGGAGGGAUCAAGCUUGAAGAACAGAGGCCAGGACCCCAGAAGAACAAGGAUGACUAUAUCCCGUACCCCAGCAUUGAUGAGGUUGUGGAGAAGGGAGGUCCCUACCCUCUGAUCAUCCUGCCCCAGUUUGGGGGCUACUGGAUCGAGGACCCGGAGAACGUUGGCACUCCGACAUCACUGGGCAGCAGUAUCUGUGAGGAGGAGGAGGAGGAGAGCCUCAGCCCAAACACGUUUGGCUAUAAGCUCGAAUGCAAGGGUGAAGCCAGGGCCUACCGAAGGCACUUCCUAGGGAAGGAUCAUCUAAACUUUUACUGUACUGGCAGCAGUUUGGGGAACUUGAUCCUGUCCGUCAAGUGUGAGGAAGCUGAGGGGAUGGAGUACCUUCGGAUCAUUCUCAGGUCCAAGCUGAAGACAGUGCAUGAGCGGAUCCCUCUGGCUGGACUGAGCAAGUUACCCAGUGUCCCUCAGAUUGCAAAGGCUUUCUGUGACGAUGCAGUGGGGCUGAAAUUCAACCCUGUCCUGUACCCCAAGGCCUCUCAAAUGAUUGUGUCCUACGACGAGCAUGAUGUGAACAACACAUUUAAGUUUGGGGUCAUUUAUCAAAAAGCAAGGCAGACCCUGGAGGAGGAGCUGUUUGGAAACAAUGAGGAGAGCCCAGCUUUCAAGGAGUUCUUGGACCUGCUGGGAGACACCAUCACACUGCAGGACUUUAAAGGGUUCCGAGGAGGCCUGGAUGUGACCCAUGGACAGACAGGGGUGGAGUCAGUGUACACGACCUUCCGGGAACGGGAGAUCAUGUUUCAUGUGUCCACAAAGCUGCCAUUCACUGAGGGAGAUGCCCAACAGCUCCAGAGGAAGAGGCAUAUUGGGAAUGACAUUGUGGCCAUCAUCUUCCAAGAAGAAAACACGCCAUUUGUCCCUGAUAUGAUUGCCUCCAACUUCCUACAUGCCUACAUUGUUGUGCAGGCUGAGAGCCUAGGCACUGAGAGCCCAUCCUACAAGGUCUCUGUCACUGCUCGGGAAGAUGUACCUGCUUUCGGCCCUCCGCUGCCCAGCCCCCCUGUUUUCCAGAAGGGCCCGGAGUUCCGGGAGUUUCUACUUACCAAACUCACCAAUGCAGAGAAUGCUUGCUGCAAGUCGGACAAGUUUGCUAAGCUGGAGGACCGGACCAGAGCUGCGCUCCUGGACAACCUCCACGAUGAGCUCCAUGCACACACACAGGCCAUGCUGGGACUGGGCCCAGAGGAGGACAAGUUUGAGAAUGGGGGCCACGGGGGAUUCCUGGAGUCUUUUAAGAGGGCCAUCCGUGUGCGCAGCCACUCCAUGGAAACAAUGGUGGGCAGCCAGAGGAAGGGGCAUGGUGGGAGCAUCCCUGGCAGCCUCAGCGGAGGCAUCGUCCACAACAACAUGGAGCUCACCAAGGCCACCUUCUCGCCUCCUGUGGCAGCGGCCACUGUGAAGAACCAGUCUCGGAGCCCCAUCAAGCGGCGAUCAGGGCUCUUCCCUCGCCUACACACGGGCUCUGAAGGCCCCGGGGACAGCCGGACGAGAUGUGACAGUGCCUCCAGCACCCCCAAGACCCCAGAUGGCGGACAUUCUUCUCAGGAGAUAAAGUCUGAGACCUCAUCGAAUCCCAGCUCUCCAGAAAUCUGCCCCAACAAAGAGAAGCCCUUCAUGAAGUUGAAAGAGAAUGGCCGUGCCAACAUCUCCCGCUCCUCCUCCAGCACCAGCAGCUUCAGCAGCACUGCCGGGGAGGGGGAGGCCAUGGAAGAGUGUGACAGUGGGAGCAGCCAGCCGUCCACAACCUCGCCCUUCAAGCAGGAGGUAUUUGUCUACAGCCCGUCCCCGAGCAGCGAGAGCCCUAGCGUGGGGGCCGCCGCCACCCCCAUCAUCAUGAGCCGGAGUCCCACAGAUGCCAAAAGCAGAAACUCCCCGAGGUCAAACCUGAAAUUUCGCUUUGAUAAGCUCAGUCACGCUGGCUCCAGUGCGGGUCACUAAUGUGAAAGAGGAUUCCUUCUCCUGUGCGAGGAAAGCCUCGAUUCUGUCCUACAGAAGGCUCCCUAUUCCAGCCAUUUGGGGGCGCUGUCCACUACUCUGUCUCCAGGCCCGUGGGCCCAUCAGCUACCUGCCCAGCAGACCAACUAUCUGCCCCACAUCCCACCCUGCUGGCUCCUCCAACCCCACGUGUGGCUCCCCAUCCCUGGCUCUGGACAAGGCCUCUUUCCUGGAGGGCCCCCUGCUCCUGACUUCUGAUGCAAUGUCUGUGUGGGUCAUUUGUCAUUUCAUUGUAUCUGCAGGAAAUGAGAGUUGAAGGGGAGGAGUGUGGGGGUGGUGUAUGGGUCCUGGGGGCUUAGAGGCAGCGGUAGAGGAGAGGGUAGAGGUGACUGCAGAUUGUAAGGGGGACCCCUGGCCACAGGGAAGUGCCUUCCCAGAGUUCUGUCACCACCCAUGGAUUUAAUGGCAGAGGAGGGGCUGCUUUCCCUGGAGCUGAGAUUUUCCCAGCAUCCUCUAAGCUGCCUUCCAUGGCUCUUACAGCUCUGGAGCAGGUGGAAGCUCAGAGCCAGAUCUGGGCGUUGCUGGGACCAGACGACGCUGGGCCUAACUCCGCGUGGGCUCCUGAUUGUCCUUGCUCAGGGAGAGGCCCUGGACCACCUCUCUCCUUGGAGCAGAUGAUUUUUCUGUGAAGGGUGGGAGUCUGGGAGGACACAGGAACGAGGGAAAGCAAAUGAACCAGUGCUGGGAGCACAUCAGGGGCUAAGGGCUCACCAACAUCCUGGGAGUUCAAGGAAGACACAGUUGUUCAACCCACUGCACAGAGACAGGGAGAGGCGUGGUGGGGGAGGACUCGGCAGGUUCCGGUCAGCCCAGUGUAUGUGAGUCAGACUUAGGUGAGGAGAAGGACACAAUGUCCCCAGCAGUCUUUUUUCUUUUGUUUUGAUAGUGCUACAGUUUGAACUCAGGGCCUCAUGCUUGCUAGGCUGGGGCUCUUCUACUUGAGCCAUGCCUCCAGCCCUGGUUUUUGCUGGCUAUUUUUGAGCUAGACUCUUGCUUCCUAAAGCAAGCAUUGUCCUCUCCCCGCCCCCCCAAGCUGUCAUCUUGCCCACUUUAGUCUUCUUGUUGUUGCUGGUCACAGGUUGCAGCCAGCUGCCCUCUGUGGAGAUGGAGUUUCAUGGACUUUGG